AUGAUCGAGCCGGGGAGCUACGUGGAGAUCGUGAUCGCCGACGUCUCGCGCGCGUGGAUGGAGAGGCGGCCGACCGGACUGCCGGUGGUGUGCAGCGCGCUGCUGCCGCACGAGGAGAAACUGACCGUGAUGCACGGGUCGAUCCAGCGGUCGUCGACGUGGUACCCGCAGACGGUGAAGUCGAGAGAUCUGCUGGUGGCGCACAUGGGGUUCCGGCACUUCCUGAUCCACCCGCUCUUCGCGGACGUGGGGCUCAAGUGCGAUAAGAGCAAGUACAUCAAGUAUCUGCCUCCGACAGGGUUCUUCAACUGCACGUUCUACGCGCCGAUGAGCUAUCGGCCGUGCCCGCUGCUGCUGUUCAAGCCGAGGCAGUCGAUGGAGGAGGACCUCGCGCUGGUGGCCAUCGGGCAGCUCACCAAGGCGGCAACGGACGACAUCGUGCUGAAGAAGGUCGUGCUGACGGGCACGCCGUUCAAGGUGAAGAGAAAGCUGGCGACGGUGCGGCACAUGUUCUUGGAUCCCAAGGAUAUCUUUUGGUUCAAGCCGAUCGAGCUGCACACGAAGCUGGGGCUGGUGGGACACAUCCGCGAACCUCUGGGAACGCACGGGUACAUGAAGUGCAUUUUCAACGAGCAGCUGUCGAUGCAGGACGAAGUUCGCCUGGCGCUGUAUAAGCGAAUCUAUCCUCACAAGGCGAGCGAGGAGGAGAAACAAACGUUUGUUUAG